AUGAGUGGAUCAAAUUUGAGUGUACAACCAUCAUCGUCAUCAUCAUCACCUGGAACAUCAUCAUCAUCGGUUUCGUCUUCUCAACUUACUCGGGUGAAGAGAUCCAUCUCAUCAAAUUCUUUGACCAAUGUAAAUUUACAACAACAACAACAACAACAAUCAUCCAUUGUCAAUGGGAAAUAUGCGAUAUGGAAUCGUCAAAUCAAGCGAUUGUGUGUUAAUAAUCAACAAUUUCAAUCAACAGCACUUUCUACGUUACAAAUACAGAAAGGAAAGCUGCAAAAGCUGUUAACCAAACCAAAGCCAACAACAGGAGGUGUAUCUUCUGAACCAACAGUUCCUACCAACAUGAACCUCUAUAUUCCAAUCAUUAACCAGUAUCGGGUUGAUUUCUACACAUCAAAUGAUUCCAGAAUCAAAGACUGUAAUAGUAGACAUUGGUCUGCUUGGUAUCGCAAUCCCUAUUUUCACCUAUUUAUUGUGCAAGCGGAAGACUUGGACAUUUACAAAAACCACAUCAAGCCAAAGCUCAGAAAGUGGGUUGAUUACAUGAUCGAAAGAGAGUACGAAUAUCUUAUUUGUUAUGUGUCAAGCUCAACAUCAUCAGGAGAUUUAUUCAAAAAAUUUUCGCUCUUUGGAAAAGUCUAUGACAAGUUGAAGAGUGACUUUGCUAAACCAACCCUGUCAACAGGGGCAACAACUUCUAGUGUCAUUACUUCUUCAGUAGGAAGUAGAGUUAUCAAACUCGGACUGCAACACGCCAUGUCAGGUAAUAAUAAGAGCUCUCAAGAUGACAGCGUGGUUUCAACAGGAUCCGCUAGCGCUGCAGUAAAGGAAAUGUAUCAAAGAAUUCAUGAGGGCAUUCUAAACGAGUUUUCAAGACGAUGUGCCAAGUACGAGGAUGAAAUCAAAAAAUCGGAACAAAACAUGAAUCUGCCUGGUUGGCAAUUUUCUCAAUACUUUAUUCAGAAAGAAGGACUUUCUUUCCUCCUUGAACAAUUUGGAUUAUUCGUCAACUCACUAGGAAUUUACAACCAGAUCCUUGGAUUUGCUUCAUCAGAGCGUAAAUUAAUUAAUUAUUCAAACUUUUUGAACUCAUCAACCCUGAAAAUUACGAAUAUAUUGGAUGAUCUUUAUGAAAGCUUUAGAGAAGAUAUGAGAUCCUCAAGAAUUUCUGAAUUUGAAUUUUUAAAUUAUGUAUUUUCGCGACAAAUGCACCUGUACUUGAAACUGAAUUCUCCCGAUCAAGUUGCUCGCCUUGGCGCCAUUCACGUCACCUCCAUGCUGAGACGACUCGAACAAGAAUUACUGGGAAAUACAGAUAACGAAGUCAAAAAGUGGACCAAUGAGCAAUUAUAUUACUACAUGUACAUGCAUGCAUGGGCUUAUUGUAGCGCGUUUUGCAUCGCUGAAGAAUGCAGCAAGUAUUUAAAUACCAAUGACAUGAAAGAUGAAGCAAAGAGAAAUCUCUACCGACUAUGUGGUGACAUUUAUUUGUACUGCAGAUAUGAAUUUCAGUUGUUGGGGACUGUGUUUAAUGUAGACUUGUUGUGGGAUAAUCUUUUCGUAUCAGGAGAAGGAAAGCAUUUUGACCUAAGCCUCAAACAUAUUGAUUCCACUGAUGAUCUUUUUGCGGGAUUUCCUAUCAUUUCAAGCUUAGAGUAUUCAAAAUUGGCACUUGGUCAAUCUGGACUUGUUGAUGAGGAAGCGAAAGCAGUCGAAUCAGAAAAAUUUAUUCUUCGUUACAAAUCCAACUAUUUACCUGCCAUUAUUUUAAAAACGUCUUUGCUGUCUCAAAAAGAUUUUGAUGAUAGAUUUUUAGAGAUCACGACACUGGUUGCCGAUUGCUACAAUAAUGGUUUGAGAAAUCGUUUCUACCAAAAGCUGAAUGGUGACAUUGCUGCUAUCCAUUUUAGACAAGGACGAUACAUGGAAGCUUUAAAUUAUUUGCAAGGCCAAUUUUCCAUGUAUUUGAGUGAUGGCUGGUUAGGAAUUGCGACGGACGUAUUGAUUAAGAUGGCUGAAUGUUCUAAACAAAUGCAAUCACAUCAAUCCUAUGUCUCCUCAUGUAUUGACCUCAUAUCAUCAUGUUACACAACUACAGAACAAAAGAAAUUCUAUUGGAAUGAAAUGAUCGAGACUCUAAAUUCUUCACCCGAUAAUGUUAUCAAGAGGUUGGACGACUCUCAAGCUUCUUUGUACUACACCUGUUUAACACAGAAUGGGCAAAACGAAGCGUACUUGGAGUUGGGAAAAAUGUUAAACCUGACAGUGACUAUUGUCAAUGAGUCUCUCAUUGAUGGAUUUAUUGCUCAAAAACUCACUCUGACAUUUGCCUUAGUGGAGGAAACUUCUCACAGGCUGAUCAUUUCAAGAGAUAUUGAAAAUGUUCCUAUCAAAAGAGGUAAAAACAUUUUUGAAAUUGAAGAAUUAAUGCUCAAGUUAGGUACUUACAGAUUGGAAAAUAUCAAAUUAAGAAUUGGAGACAAGCUAGAUCUAAUACUUCUUCCAAAGAAAAAGGAAGAAGAGCUUGUCUAUAAUAGACCGUUUGUCACCCUCUCGUCAGAAAAGACAAAACGAAAAAAAGAGCUAACAUCAUCAAAAUCAACAAAAUCCAGCAAUACAGAUACUGCUUCUGAUGUUGGUGAUCAAAUGGAUCAGUUGAUGGAUGAUGAAACCUCUUCCUUCACAACCACUACCAUCAUUACAAAGAAAGAUAGCUUGAAAUCAGCUUUCCUUCUUCUCGUUCUAGAUUCAAGACCGGCUCUCACAAUCGAAACACUGAAAGAACAACUCUUCCUUCUCAAUUCCAACCAUUACUUUUCCAUUACCGUUGACACUAAAACUGAUCUUGUAGAAAAAGGUUACAUGGCCAUCCAUUCUCUUUCUCCAAAUUUAACAGUUUGUCCCGACAAGAAAGGAUUAAUCAUUGUAGACAAUCAGCCAGAGCAAGAAAUCAACAUCAAUGAUUGCUCCAUUUUAAUUCCUCAACUAGGUUACGGUCGUCGUAUCACAUACAAAAUUCCUAUUAAGGCACAAAGCUCCAGUCACACAAAUAUUCAAUCAAAGGCACCAGAAGUGUUUAACAUGAGCUUCCAAGCUAAAUAUGAGAAACAAGUCACCAAUGAGACGUUCACACUUUCCAAAACUUUUGAAAUCAACUUUUUCCAACCAUUCAUUUGUAAAUGCCAUACCACCAAGCUUGCUUCUGGUAUAUACAUGUUGCAACUUGUGGCAACCUGUAUUACACCAAAACCUCUCCAAAUUUCCAAAUAUUCCAUCAUUCCUACAGAUUCAUUCAAGAUAUUGAAAGAUUACAAUGAGCACUUGUUCUCUCCUAGCAAACCAAUGGAAGUAUUUUGCGAGGAUACAGUAUCAUUCACAUUUAAAGUGGAAGUGAAAAAUCUCAAAUCUUAUACACCUCCAACCAUGGAUAUUACUUUUAGUAUUCCAACGCAAGAUGCUACUGCUUUGUAUCAUUAUAUUGUUCCAUGUUUUAGCAUUGAAGAUGAAAUUGAACCAGAAUAUUCUAUUGACAUUCGAUGUUUCCCUCAUUAUAAGAAUGAAUCUCUUUCUCCAAAGCUUGACAGAGACGAUGACGAUGAAGAAGCCAUUGAACUCAUUUCUACAAAGAAAUCCACAAGUUCAACCACUCAGAUCGUUGUUGGUCGAUCUUGUAUAAUGGAACUCGAAGUCGAUAAAUUGAACACCUAUAGUAGCAAUUCCACAUUGGACAGUAAGGACACCAUUCUCAUGUUGGACAUUUCUGCCAAUCCAGAUCAUUGGGUCAUCUCUGGUUCCAAUAGAAUUACUCUCAACCGUAAUUGGACGAAACCAGUACGUGCUGAAGUGACACUCAUUCCUUCAUCGAGUGGUCACGUGUCACUUCCAACAGUGGAUAUUAUUCGAAAAUCAAUUUCAACUGGAGCUGAAGUGAGUCUAUCAUCGGUCAUUCAAAGAUCUUACUAUGGAAUGGAGAAUAAGGGAAGAGUAUUGGUACUUCCUCCUUCCACCAAAGACGUCAUGUUUGGUCCAAUUUUCCCAAUUAACUUCCCUAAUGUGGAUCUUUCAUUCUUGAAUAUGGUGAAUGUACAGAGUCCAUCUUCUCUCUUUCCAACAACUAGUUCAAGCUCUUUAAAUAAUGGAACUUUAGAGAGUGGAGAACCAUUGAUCAAUAUUAAGCCAAUUCCACUGCGCACAUUUGUGAAUAGUAGUAGUAAUGGUAAGAAGGGAGAAAAUGUCCCAACACCAAACUCGGCCACUGCCUUAAUGCCUCAAGGUGGAUCCUCUUCGAACAGUAGUAAGGACGAUGACAUUGAUAAUGGCUCUACAUGGAACGAAGGACCACUCGGUCGACAAGCUCAAGAUCUUAAUGCUGUUGAGUAUGAACAGUUUGUGACACCAAAUAUUGUCGAUUCAUCUUCGGACAGCAACUCUGCAACAGCAGUGAUCAAUCCAGUGGCUAUUCCAAUCUCUAAAAUUGCAUCACCACCUCCUCAUUUAAAGACGAACGAUCGAUUGAAGUUAUUACCAAAUUCUCCAAGACCUACACCUCGAACGGCAAUGAUCAAUAUGAGACGAAGAGGAAGCAACGUUCGCCAUUCACGAACCAAGUCAGAAUAUCUUUCAUUCAAUUCGGAAAUGGAUGACGGACCAAAAACAGAAAUUCCAGCAGGCACCUCCACAGCGACACAUCAACACGAAGUUCAGACCACACUUAACGCUCCUUUGAGCGAAGCUGAGCUGAAUUCAGAAGGCGAGCCAGAAGCAGAAGAUGUUUCCGAUGAGGAAACUCCUUCGAAUUAA